CAGUAGAGAGUGUGGAGGUACUGCUGCUGGCCGGUGAUCGACGACAUUAAUGACAAAAUUAUCUUGGCCACCUAUUUAUAUUCCAGUAUGAGAGUAUAGUGAAGGUGUCCAAGUAGUCACGAUGAAACUGUACUCGUUAAAACUCCCACGGUGGAGAACACUAGUGAUACUGUUCUGUUUUGUUGGACUCCUGUGUGGGGUUCCUACCUCAGCACCCAGCACCAAAUACCAGCUCACAGACAAAGGAUGUAUGCUGGUGGAUGAGCUGUGUCUCAUCCCUGAAGAGAUCCCUAAUUAUGAGGCCAUCAAGAGCCUCCACUCACAGCUGGAUGAUGACCACAGUGGUGACAUCGAUGUGGCCGAGUCUGUUGACUUUUUGAAGGAGGAGCUACAAUAUGCUAAAGGCUAUGAGAAGCGGCAGAAAGUCUUCCAUUACAACAAUGAUCAGUACAUCUCUGUUCGUGAGUUGUGGCACAUCUGGAAAAAAUCAGAGGUACACAAUUGGACGGUGGACCAGACCGUGGCGUGGCUUGCCGAGUCAGUGGAACUCCAGCAGUACGCCAGGAAUUUUUACGAGAAUGCCGUCAAUGGAUCAGUGUUGCCAAGUACUGUUCUCAGCGUGAUUUCUGCCCGUUCCGAAAGAAGAAAUUCAAGGUAUAUAGUAGAAAGACUGGCAGCCAACAACGAGCAGUUCCUGACCAAGGUGUUGGGCAUCAAGGACCCAAAACAUCGCUCCAAGAUCACCAUCAAGGCUAUGGAUGUGGUCCUCUUUGGGCCGCCUAAAGAUACAGGAAGUCACGUGAAGGAUCUCGUCCUUGUUUCACUCCUUACCCUCGCUCUGAUUGGCUGCUUCAAGGCCUACCAGCGGAACAGAGAGUAUGAAGCACAGCUGAGCGACAUGUUGAGGGACAUGGAGAAGCUGCGGGAGGCUGAAGAGAACUUACAGCAGCUGGAACUAAAGAUGACAACCAGAGUAAACAACGAAGAGAAUGACGAGACCGCAAGGGAAGACAGGAACGAAAACCACGACAAAGAAGUCCAGCAACUCCGACUUCAGCUUGAGGAGGAACGCGAGAAAAACGAGAUGAUGAUGGAACAGAUGAAGCGCGGGCAAGAGGCGGAGCUUGAGGACCACCACUGGAGUGCACCACUUGACCUCCAACAUUGGCUCCAGCUGACAUAUGAACGUGAGAGGAUAGCAUUUGAGAAGAAACAAGGAGCGGCACGAGAGCAAUUCAGCCAAGCCAAGGAUCUGUGUGAGAAGCUUAACCGCCAGCGUCGCAGCUUAAUGGGGAUGUUGGCUUCCGUUCACGGGAAAAUGGACAAUGUUGACCAGUCAAUCAGUCAAGCCAGAACAAUUAUGGAAGAGGUGACCCACGAGCUGCGGGAGAGAGAACAGCGCUGGCGCAACAUUGAGAUCCUCGCUGGCUGUAGCAUCACCACAAAUGCCGGGUUACACUCACUGGAGUUGAUGCUUCGUCCACAAGUGAAUGGCCGACCUCACUCCACCUAUGCGCCUAGUAUAGUUCACCAACUGUUAAGCAGCCAAUCAGCAUUAAUGUUUCUCACUAUGGGGGGCUGUACAGGAGCAUCGAGUUACUAUGGAGGAGGGGGAAGUUUGAACUCCUCAGGGUUAGUCAAAACACCUAGAGAUUCUAUGGCCGAUGUCCAAGGAAGCUCUGGGAGUGGGCGCAAGAGGAGCCAACUUAUUCCCCGAGACUCUGGCUCGUCCCUGGGCUCUGAGUCGUCCAUGACCCAGACAAGUAUUAUGCAUCACAGUCACACUUAUUCUACAGAUUUAACUCAUCACUUACUGGAUAAGGAGCACAUUCGUCGAGUGUCUAGUACUGGGAGCAUUAACCGCAUUCUUCCACUAGAACAUGACCCUAGUAAAGACUCCAAUGAUUCAUCAACAGAAGAGACAGAUGUAUCUCAGUGUGUAUCAGAGACUACUAGCUUCACCAUGGGAGGAAGCAGCGGGAUCAGAGGAUCAAAGAGAAGUCGGCUGACGCUGAACUCUGAAGGCGGCAGAGCAAUCACCUCCUCACAGGUGAGUCACUCGACCCCUCAUUCAUCUUCCACACACCCGCCUGGGACUAGCACAGGAGUCACACAACACAAACCUUCUCCUAAACGCAGUCCCAUGCUCAAGUCCUACAGUCAGGACACAGAUGUCAGCACCAGAUGUGACACACAGUUGAAGGAACGGGAAAAAAUAUUUGCCAGUGACCCAUUUCUGGAUAGUCCCAAGAUCACAUCUCUGCGUAACAGGAAAAUAAUGACGUCCCCGUCGGAAGAAGGGAACUCUUCCGAUUCAUCCUUAAUAGAAGAACGUUCACCAAGUGCCGAUUCUAGAAAAAAGCCAAGUAAGAGCAGGUUCAGUAAUGGUUUUCUUGGGAGUCUGAAGUUCAGUAAAAGCAAGAAGACCAAAGACUCAGACAAGGACUCUGUUAAAGAUAAUACAGGGAGCAAAAAAGUGAAGGACCCGGAGAAGGAUUCCAUUAGAGAUAACACAAGUAGUAGCAAAAAAAUUAAAGACGCGGAGAAGAUUAAAGACAGCGUGAGUGAGAGAUGUUGAGUGAUUUAUUAUUUAUUUAUUUUUAUUCUGUACUUCACAUGAUUAAAAGUAUCUCUCCCCACCUACUACUCUGAGUGGGUAAGGAAUCUCCUCCAUAUUAACUUGUCUUAUGCACAACUUUUCUUACUUAAAUCUUAUGCUUACUGUACAGUCCCUCGUCAUUUCAUAGGCUAGAAUUAAUAUUGUCUCAUUUUAUCACUUCCAAGAUCUAAAAAUCCCUCUUCACUUCAUUUGGUAAAUCUCAAGUCCCCUUUCACAUCAUUGCUCUUCACUUCAUUUACUACACCUCAAGUCCGUUCUCACUUCAUUUGCUAGGCUUCAAUUUCUUUCCUGCCAGAUUGCUUCUCUACCUCAUUUGCAUAUUCCCACGAUCAUAGGUAUGAGAAUUAAUGGAAAACUCUGCCAUAGCCAUCUUAAGCAGUGUUCCUGCCUGCUUUUCUGUACCAGUCACAGUCACACGAGAUCCGUUAAUAAUCUGGAUGAAGUGAAUUUAGUCGCUCUCCUGAAAUAUUUGUGCUAUAUUUUUAUUAUCAUCUUUUAGACAAUAAUGCACUUCCUGUUCCAUAGCUAUAUAUGUAUAUCACUUUUUACAACACAUAUAUCCUCAUUUUUGCUUCACACACACGAAAAGAGUGCAGGGAAUUUUGCUUAAAAGGAUUCUGGAAGAGUACAUUUUAUGUUGUGUUCAUUAUAUACAGUAUAUUUAUCUUCUCAAGUAGAGGUAUUUUUUGGCUUCAUAAUAUUUAUACAGAACUGUUUUGGUCUUUAUGGCUGUGUAUUCUUAAAUCAUAAAUUACCCCGGAAAUUAGAUAUAUAAUUAGUAGGAAGCAGUAGUUAGUCUCACUCCACUCCAUCUUGUACAUUCUAGCAGUGCUGGCUUAAUCUAUCACAUGUUUUUGCCUCGAGUAACUUUAAAGUCUAUGAGAGGAAAUAACUUUUAAUACUGCUUCAGUUUCUGGUAAUGUACCGGUAGGUUGUAUUGAAGUCUAUCAGGAGUGAUGGCAGCUUUAUGUUCACUCGAUUUUCUUACCAUUUUGUUGACUAGUACUGAAAAAGUAGUGCAUUAAUUUUGCUCUGUAUAUAUUAGAAUAAUCAUAGUGUGGGGAUAAGUUUAUUAGAAAUCUCUCUUAUACUAUCAUUAUAAACCCUCUUCAUUACAUAUAAGUAGAGAGAGAAAGUUGUUUCUAAUUUUACUAAAAACAGUGAAGUGAGAGCCAAGGCCUUGUAAGAUAAUUUACAAAAUGUAUUCCUUGCUACUGAAAUUUAUUAUACCUUUUGUAGAAGUAUCAUAUGAAGUAUUAUAUUCAGUUUUUCCCUGAAUGAUUAUGGUUCGUAUAACAAGAUCUGGAUCAUCCUGAAGCAUAGUUUAUAUCAGGCAUGGGCAACCUUUUCCUUAAUCAUGGCUGCAUUACGAUUUAGAUAUUUUUUGGCGGGCCAACUCAUCAAAAUGUAUAUCCUACCGAAUUCAAAAGUAAUGUUAAUAUGGUACUAGCACGGACAGUGAAACAGUUAAUCUUCAUGUUGGGGGCGGAUCCAGGAAUUUAAAAAAUGGGGGGGGUCCAAGAAGUAUAUAAAUGCCCAUGGAGAGACCUAAUCAGACAAGAAUAUAGGUAGAACAGACAUCCAGGCAUGAAAGGCGGUGUGACCACCGCCUGUGACCCCACUUGGACUUGCCCAACCUUAUUUAAUUCCCAAGUGACCCACUGCCACACAGCAGCUAAUCCAUCAAACAGACCACGCCGAACUUGGUUCAUAAACUCACACAAGUUAAAAUGUUUAUGUUGUUGACUAUUUAUACUUAUUUCACUGUUACGUUUUCACAGUUACUUACUCUUAGGUGAUGAAACGGUAAUGAAUUGUGUGUUAAGAUUAUUCUUUUAAUAAAUAUUGUUUACUCGCCAUAAGCUGGCUGCAUCUACCUGAACCGCAGGCCACAUUAAAUAGAAUUUCUCAAUUACACCACAAGCUGCACAAAGACAUGGUUCGGGCUGCAGGUUGCCCAUGCCUGAUUUAUAUCAUAAUCUCCAACUGUUGGUAUCAUAGGAUUGUGACAAUAUCAGAGGCACAUGGGAUGAAACUGUACUUGUAGGCAUUUGCAGCACUUCUUCCAAGAUGCUGGAGUGUGUUGUAAUCAAUGGUUUCAUGACAGCCAUUAUUUGUUUACAUUUUUCGGUAACUUCUGUGACCAUGUUCCUAUUGGUAGAGGCUGCUUGUUGUAAUUUAUGUCCUCAGCUUGUUCAGAAAGUAAAUUUUGUGAGGUUUACAAAAAACUUUUCAAGCUCACACCUGAACUCUUAUUCCCAUAAAAAAUUGAAUCAGAUCCAUUGUGAACCAAACUUGUUUGGUACGUAAGCUACAGAUCAUUCAGGAGCACUGAAUACGUUUACCAGAUGAGUUGACUUACUCUGUUUAAAAUUGUUUUAACAUUUACAAAGAUAGAAAAGUAGUACCACUGUCAUUCACAUAUACAGUAGUACUACUGGUAAUUACACAGUUAUCUAUUGUUGGUGGAAAGUUUAAAAGGUUGUCGAGGAGUUACUUGUGAACAUCAGGUUUUAAAAGGGUUUAUAUCAGAAAGGGAACCAUUAGGUCCUUUGUCCUUUUUUGAAACUGAAAUGAGCAAAUGACUUUGAUCUCAUUAGUAUAUACAAUACUCGUAUACUUGUAAGAAGUAAUUUUUGCCUUCUGUAUGUAUACAGCACUUUUUAUUAAUACAAAUAAUAACAAAUGUGAGAUGAAAAUAAUGCAUAUGUGAGUAGAUGAUGCAUUCACUGAACCACAGUGAUUUAGGGGAUAACUUGAACAGAAAUCUUCUCCCAUUGGAGCUUUUUUGUCUACAGUAUUAACAAUGCAGACUUGUUGGUGGUUUGACUCAUUCUAAAACAUGAGAGAAUUUAACUCUCUCAUAUCUGUAUUGUAUUGUUCUUGUAUACUUAUCUUGUCCUAAAUUUUCAAUGCCUUCCUCUCAGGAAAACCUACUGCAAAAUUCACAAUUCUUUUCCUGUACCAAUUUUUACUACAAGCUUGUGGUAGCCUUUUCAUUGAAAACCACAGAAUAAUUCUUUAGCAGUUGUUUCAAGAAAUUUAGUUGUGAUUUUGACACUUAGAGGAGUGACAAUAUAUAAAAAAAAAACAUAUAAUAUAUAUAUAUAUAAUUUAAGUAACUUUAUAGUACUGUAUUGUGAUAACAUAACCAAUAUGCAUUAACUUUUUGGCAAAUAUUUCAAGUGCUUCUGUUGGACUCCAGUAAACAUUCAUGCUCGGUAGAGAGCACCAGAUAUACCGCUCAAGAAAUUGCUGUGGUAUUUCAUUCUUUCCUUAGAUGGUACUUUAUUUUGUUUAUUUAUCCCUUUGAGGAAAGAAAAGUAGUACAGUAUAUAUUGUAGUAUGAAGUUCAGCUAAAUAACCGAAUGAUUGAUUUUAUAAGUUCCAAUAAUGUAUUCAUUUUUAUAGUGCUAUGUGGACUCCCCUGAGAGAGCAGUAACAACACAUAGGAAAAUAUUUUGUUUUCUAACAUUCAAGCUGCAUCACUUUAUGUUAUUGAGCAAGUAUUCUCUGGCUACUUGAUUGAUGCCUUCCAGAGACAAAUAUUACCAUCUCAUGUUUAUCCUUUUCCAUUUUACUUGAGUAAUCAUUUUGUACUGCCUGAUGCUCUCCAGUUCCUAUUCUCCCUCCCUCUUUACAAUACAGUAUGUUGCUACAGCUGUAUUUCUCAUUUCACACUUUAUAUUUCCUUGUGCUAGUGAGAGAUGCUAAUGUGAUAGUCAAACCAGUAAGUAAUUUUUUUCUGCAAAUGUUUGAGUUGUUGUUGUUGGGACUGACUCUCUUAAACACGCAGAAAUAACAGAAUAACUGAAGUGUUUGUUGAAGAUUACACCCCCCCCCCUUCCUCCAUAUUACCCUUGUCCCAGCUUUGUGUGUGAAGAAAAGGUGAAUGUGAUUAUGGUUGACCUUGUGCAGUUAGUCUUGAAUGUAGACUAUUGAUGUGUGCAUACCGGUUACCUGAUCAAUCUUACCUUGUUUCUGUAAAUUAACUUUAUAUCAAAGGUUUAGUUAAAUUCAUCUGUUAACUGACCAUGAUAUUAAAGCCUCUUUGCACUGAUAACUUGUUUAUAUACUGUACUUAGCAUUGUCAAAGAAUAUCUGUACACUUGUUUGUGCCUAAACUUUUCUGUUAGUGUUAACUUCUCUCCCAUUUACAUUAGAUUUAUAAAUGCACAAAGAUAUGUGAAUGCAGUUGCAGGUUUACCGCUCACAUAAGACUCUUAAGUGCACUAAGUGUAGGGAUAAUUUUACUGGAGACAAGUUUGCCUCUCUAUUCCUAAACCUUAUUUCUAAGUUUUCUUGCAUGACACAUAUAAACAGAGGAUAUAAUCUUUAAAGCCAUAUCCCAAAAGGCUUUUUAUUAUAUGUAUAUAUGUUUAUUAAUGUAUGAACGUGUGUCUUGCAGAUACACAAAAUUCUAUGCUCAUAAAGUUAACAAGGUUUACUUCUAAAAUAAAAAGGGUUAGCUUUUCUGGGACCUUUAUGGCCAUGAACACACCAUAUCCACUAAUAUUCUCCCAACUUCGUGUGACUGUGGGUUAAUGUUUUUUUUUUUUUUUUUUUUAUGGGUGGUGAGCUUUUUUAAUAGUACUUGUCCAGGCAAAGUAGUGCAACCCAAAGGACUGGACAACCAUUACUGUACAUAUAUUUCAGAUUAAUUUAUUUCUGUAUACACUGUAUAGUAUGCUGAUAAUGCAUAAUUAAAAUCCAGAAUUAUUAUAGAAGCAAUGACAUAGUAAUAUAUAUACAGGUAUAUAUAUAUAUAUAUAUAUAUAUAUAUAUAUAUAUAUAUAUAUAUAUAUAUAUAUAUAUAUAUAUAUAUA